CAGCGGCGGGAAAUUCACAAACAUUAUGAAAGUGUUAUGUGAGACUUUGGAGGCUUGGCUCUUUCACACGGGUAAAUGUAACAAAACUGGACGUUUUUAGACGAUUGACAAGCGCAGGUUGAUCAUCAUGGAGGCUCAAAUGGAUAAAAUUGUGUCACUGUCAGAUGGAGACAGUACUGUCGAACUCCAGAAGUACCUUUCCUCCCUUACAGAUGACCAGCUGAUCACUGUAAUUACUAAUAAAGCACUGAGUGGCAAGAAGGUUGGUGUUAUGUUUAAGGGCAUAUUUAAAGGCUCCCCACCCACUUCCACUGAAGGGGCAAAACGUAGACUUCUACUUUACCAACACUGCAUCCCCCUGUGUGAAUCUGGAGACCUACAGACUGAGGUAGCUUCAGAUAUCAUUGGACUGCUGAUGCUGGAGACCCAUACACUGUCUGGACCUUCUCUUGCACAACUCGCAACUCUUUUUGUUGAUGCCAUUAAAGUGGGAAAAAUGGGCAACGGGAAAUCCCUGGAACUGUUUCCUACUGUACUUACUGCCCUUGCAGCCUGUGAAGCUCUGUCUUAUGGCAAAGGAGAACUCUCUGGGGAGGAAUACAAGAAGCAACUCAUCAACAGCCUCUGCUCAAGCAGAUGGGACCCACAAUGUGUUAUUCACUUAACAACCAUGUUCAGGGAUGUACCGUUGUCACCAGAAGAGCUGCAGUUUCUGGUGGAGAAAGUGCAGAGGAUGUUCAUCAAAUUAGAUCUACAGGAAAUUCCACCUCUAGUUUACCAGUUACUGCUUUUAUCUGCAAAGGGUUGUAAGAAACUGGUCCUGGAUGGGAUCAUCAGUUAUUUUAAAGAACAAGAUCUUAGUCAGGAAGAAGAGCAAAAACACGGAGAGAGCUUGGAUCUGGAGGUUCAGUCCAUUCCACAGGACCAGUUAAGGCAUGUGGAAGGAACUGUCAUCCUCCACAUAGUCUUUGCUAUACGACUAGACCAUGAACUUGGGAGAGAAUUCCUUAAAAGCUUUAAGACAUCCCAUGGGGACCUGUGCCCCUUCAGUGUCGCCUUGUUACUGUCAGUUGCUCGGAUUCAGCGCUACGAAGAGCAGGUGUUUGACCUUUUGAAGGGGGCGAUCAUCAAAAGCUAUAAGGAUGAGUUGCUGCAGCAGGGGUCCAAAUUCCUGCAAGACCUCAUACCAGGGCACUGCAGUGUGGCUCAGAUGUUAAUAGACACAGUUAAGAACAGCGUGUUUGGAUGGGAUCAUGUGACCCAGGGUUUGGUGCAGCUGGGUUUCUACCUUAUGGAUACAUUUGGACCCAAACCUGGACCGUUUGGCAAGACUGCAGAGGGUUCUGCUACUGUAGCCAGGACCCCAACACAGCAGGCCUGUAAGCUGGGAGGUCAGGUGCUCCUCCAGGGCUUCAAGAUUCACGAGCCUCUCAGGGGUGAGAUACUGGAGCAAGUCCUAAAUCGACUGGUGACAAAAACAGCCUCACCCGUCUCUCAUUACUUAGACCUUUUCUCUGACAUUGUGGUGUCAGCUCCCAUGAUACUCCUUGAGUCGUCUUCGAAGGUGACAGAGACAUUUGACUACCUGUCAUAUUUGCCUUUGGCCACUGUGCAGGGUCUGCUAAAAGCUGUUCAGCCAUUACUGAAGGUCAGUAUGUCGCUGAAAGAUGCUUUGAUUCUGGUUCUUCGUAAAGCUAUGUUUUCCAGCCAACUUGAUGGCAGGAAGUCAGCAGUGACUGGCUUCUUGUUGCUGCUGAAGAACUUCAAAGUGUUGGGGAGCCUGGCCUCAAGUCAGUGUAGCCAGUCAAUCUCCUCCAGCCAGAUUCAAGUGGAUGUUCAUUCUCGAUACAACUCAGCUGCCAACGAGGCGUUCUGUCUGGAGAUUCUCAGCAGCCUGCGUCGCUGCCUGAGUCAGCAGGCUGAUGUGCGCCUUAUGCUCUAUGAGGGUUUUUAUGAUGUUCUUCGUCGUAACUCCCAACUUGCGAGCUCCAUCAUGCAGACACUCCUCUCACAACUGAAGCGAUACUACGAGCCAGAACAAGAUCUCCUGCCUCCAAUAAAACUGGAGCCGUGCAUCACUGCACACAGAGACCAAAUCUACCUCCAGGAGCCUCUGGCCCAUCUGGUGAGCUGCACCAUUCAUUGCCUGCUGUGGCUUCAGAACACGCAGCGAUCGUGUAAUCUUGACAACAGUGAUGAUGAGGAGGAAGAGAAUGAAGGAUACCAAUCUGAACUACAAACCAUCCUGGACAGCAUUACAAGACGAAUGAUCAAGAGUGAGCUGGAGGACUUUGAACUGGAUAAGUCAGCUGAGUUCUCCAUGGGAUCCACUGUGGGAGUGAAGAAUAACAUCUAUGCUGUUCUGGUGAUGGGAGUAUAUGAGGUUCUCAUGGAGUACAACUUCAUCAAGGCCAACUACAGUAAAAGUGGUUUUGAGGAGGUGAUGGAGCUGUUCACCCGCUACCAUAAGAUAUCUGAGAUCCUGAAGGAGAAAUCGGGGAAAGGUCGAGCUCCCUCACAUAAAACACCUCGAAGUUUACUCUCUCUGGGCUUCAUAUCAACUCUCCUCGAAGUGGUCUCCAGAGACAAUACUCAGAGCAGAGAGGAAGCUCUCUCAGUUCUGCGCACAAAUGGAGAAUUUGUGCGAUAUUCACUGUGCGUGGCCGUACAGAAAAUCCAGCAGCUGGAGGAAACUGGACAGACAGACGGCCCAGAUGGAAUGAACACAGACAAGACUUUCCGCUUCCUCCGUGACAUGACAAGUGUGCUGAUGUGGCGGUAUAUCAAAAUCCCCAGUGUGGUGGAGGAUGCAGGUAAGAAGGAGAAGCGCUCCAGCCUGUCCCACCUGUGUCUGGAGGGUCUCCUCCGGAUCUUCACAACCUGCCAGCAGCGUUACUCAGACAAGAUGGCCCAGCUCCUCUUCUCUGCCACGGAGAUCUCUGACAAGGAUGAGGAGCCAGAAGAUGACAAUGCCACAACCUUCUUUUACAUCCGUCAGUUUCAGAGGGCACUGUUCAUUCAGUUAAAUGGUAGAGAAGAGGAAUUCAACAGCAAGGAGGCCCAGCUGUUGGUCAGCAUUUUGAGCGUCCUUUCACGACAGUUAAAUCCCUCUUCCCAGCAGUUUGUUCAGAUGAUCAAGUGGGCUGUUCAAAUCUGCCAGGACACCAGUUUUGAGGAUUCGGCUUUCACCAAGGGGAUGCUCUCUCUGCUCUUCAGCCUUCAUGUUCUCUUCAGGAGUCCUGUGAGCCUGUUGUUGGAACUCUGUCAAGACAUCCACAGCCAGCUGGGAGAUAUCGAUCAGGAUGUGGAGGUGGAAAAACAGACACACUUUGCCGUUGUCAACAUGAAGACGGCUACAACAGCAGCGCUGCUGGUGCUGUCUCAGGUUGACAGAGUGCUCGAUGAAGUGGACUGGCUCAUCGCCAGAAAGAAAAACCAGGGCACCUCUGACAAAUCAGGCAACGGCGAGGCCACCCAGACCACAGGCCAGCAAGAUCCAGUAGAGAAAGCAGUGACAUUGCAACUUGGGACCCUUUUGACUGCACUUAAUGAGCUGGUGCAGACAGCCCUGCUGCCUGGUACAUGCACCAUUACACUGUUAAGACAACUGAGCCGCACAUACACCAUCCUCACCACCCUGGUCAAAUAUUAUAUCCAGGUGUGUUCCAGCCAGAACGGCACACUGCCAGCACGCUUCGAGAAACUGGUCAAGUUGUCUGGCUCCCACCUGACACCACAAUGCUACUCAUUUAUCACAUAUGCACAGAGUGGCGAACUAAGUGGUGGAAGUGCAGAUGACAAGAAGAAAAAGCGAAGGAAUGACGCGAACACUGCAGCCUCUUCAAAACUCCUGCGUGAGAUGAAGGUCAUUCCUAAUCUGAUCUUCAGCAUUGAACAGUAUGAAAAAUACCUCAUCACACUCUCAAAGAAGUCAAAGGUGAAUCUGAUGCAGUACAUGAAGCUGAGCACUUCGAGAGACUUCCGUAUCAAUGCUGCCACUCUGGAUGCAGCUCUGCAGGAACAGGAUGACAGCCAGCAGACAACGGCAUCCCAGGAUGAAGAGGAGGAGGCACAAGAGCCCAAACAGAAGAAGAGAAAACAGUGAGCUUGACUCACUUUGGUCCCUUUCUCCAAAUUCUCCCUCAGAUUUCCAACUUGACCAGUCAUGGAACAAUGCUCUGGUAGUUGUGUGUUUGGCCUGUUUUUCUGAGUUCAGCCCCAAAUACAUUAUCUUCCUUUGGUUAGCGAGCCUCUUGUGCUUUCGAUGAUUUGAUAGACAUCCAAGGCCUCACCUGUUAAAAGUUUGUACACACUAUAAUUAUCUCCUGUGUAUCUAAAAAAAAUAUGUGGAUGUCUCCUGUAUUUCCUUUAUAACUGUUAUUAAAGUUACACUCUGGUUGCACUUUA